AUGGAUGAAGACGAGGUGCAUGACCGGUAUCUGAAUCUACUCCAGGAGAUGAGGCUUCUGAAGGAAGAUCUUCUUGAGGACAAGUGCAGGCUGGACAAGCUGGUUAGCACAUCAAACAUGCUGUUCAAGAGAAUAAAAACAUCUUCAGAGCUUAAGCUUGAUGCCAAGAUAACGGCACUGUCGACCAAGCUAGCAUGCACAAGAAUGGAAAAGGACAUCAAUUUGGAAGACAUUACGCCCGGCACGCUUGUGGAGCUGGCCAGAAAAGAUCUUCUUCAUGACUUCUACAGAUAUGCGAUGGAUUGUAGCGUUGGAAUGAGGUUUCCAUACUGCUUCUCACUCGGUGUCCAUGGAGAAGCUCCAAGCAGGAGGAGGGCACAGUCGCAAAGGUCAAGACAAACUCUUCCAGAGACUGAGGUUCCCACGCUGAUCACAAGGGAGAAAGACUCUGUGGAAGAGCCCGAAAUUCUUGCGCAGAUAAAAAGGCUGGUUGCCGAAAAAGGCAGAACAGAGUACUUCCGAUUUGUCAUCGAUCCCCGAUCGUUUUCAAAGACCAUUGAGAACAUAUUCUAUCUGUCUCUCUCCUUGAGAUCCGGAGUUGCAUUUCUAGAAUUCGAUGACGAUGGGACCUUAUAUGUUGUCUCUGAAGGUUCAGAAGGAGCAAGCACGGGGCACUUGGUCGUGGAAAUGACAUACGAUGAAUAUCUUAGGAUAGUUGAAAGAAUGGGGAUAUCUAAGGCGAUGAUAGGGGACUAG